AUGACGAUAUAUUCUUUCUGGAUCUUCGAUAAACAUUGUAAUUGUAUUUAUGACCGAGAAUGGACCUUAUUGGCGAACCCCAAAAGUGGAACAACAAAUUCUAAACAAAACGAUGAUAUUUCCAAAUUAUUAUAUGGUAUAAUAUUUUCUCUCAGAUCUGUAACUGGUAAAUUAUCAUCCACUGAAACUGGACGAACUAACGAAAUAAGUUCAAUAUCUACAGGAAGGUUUAGAAUCCAUACCUAUUGUACAGCUACAGGCCUCUGGUUUGUUCUUUUGACUGAUUUCAAACCAUUUAACUAUAGUAAAGUACUUCAGCAUAUAUACAGUGAUAUUUUUGUUAAAUAUAUUACCAACAAUUACUUAUCUCCUUAUGAUUUUGCUCAAAGUGAAGGUGAAAAAAGAGGUCAAGGUACAAGGAAAAUAACAAAUAGACAUUUCAAGAAUAAUUUAGAGUUGUUUUUAGAACCAAUGAUCAGUAGUUAA